AUGGCUCCAUGUGAGGCUCUGUAUGGGAGAAAAUGUCAAUUUCCACUAUGUUGGUAUGAAACUGGGGAAUCAAGUUUGUUGGGGCCUGAGUUAAUAGCUGAGACCACCGAGCAAAUUAAGAAAAUCCAAAACAGAAUACUUACUGCUCAAAGCUGCCAGAAAAGCUAUGCCGAUCAGAGGCAGAAACCUCUAGAAUUUGAUGAGGGAGAUCAUGUGUUCUUAAAGGUUACACCAACAACCGGAGUGGGUAGAUUGAACAAGACGAAGAAGCUGAAUCCCUUUCAGUUGAGAGAAGAUUUAACACUUCCAGUGACUCCGAUUCAAAUUCAUGAUAGCAGCGUUAAGCAGUUGCACAGAAAAGAGGUUGCAUUAGUUAAAGUAGCUUGGAGUCAAGCUGGAAUUGAAACACAUACUUAG